GCCGUAAGUGGUUGUGUGGUGCUGUAAGCUAUAGCUUGCUCAGUAAAACGAAUAAUAUGAAUAACGUUACAUCUUCUGAAACGGAUAUAUCACCGGAUGGUAGCAUUAGUAAUGGUGCAGAUGCCAUCACGCGUUCAGAAGAAAUAGUUGGGCCAAUCGAGGAGUCAGUUGAAUCAACGAAAGAGAUCAGUGAAUGCUCUGCGGCAACGUCACGCAUGUAUAUGAAUGUAAACGAAAAGUCCAUAUCCAUUCACUCGUCUGACAGCGAAUCCCAUAGGACAGCUAGCAGCGGCAGGUCCGUGCAAGAUUCGAUCGAGAAUCCAUCGCUGCAUUUCACCAUCGAAGAUUUGGUGCAGCUAACUCUGCACGAAUCCCGGGACGCGAACACCAACAAAGCAAGCAGCUAUGCAGAACACAAAAAUAUGCUAGCAGCGGGCGCAGUGUCCGCUGCCGGCACUUAUGCACGCAACAGUUACGGCGCAACCGAUGGACCUUAUCUCGUUGGGGAUGAUAGUUCGAUGAAUUGUUCCACACUGUCAGCGAUCAUUAAGGCCAUCAAAGACUCGACGGAAUCGAUCAAUCGCACCAUUAGCGAGAAAAUGCGCGAUAAUGAAUCACUAAGCCGCCCACGGAGUGCUGUCAGCAGCAGUAACAGUCUACCUACGGCCCCGCGCUUCCACAGUCUGGGAGCAAACAGCCCCUCACCUUCGGUGCACACGGCACAGAGUACAUUCCACCGCUCGUACAGCCCAGGCGUCGUAUCGGAUAUGGUACGCGAAAUUCGGGAAAAUUCGCGCGUCCGCGAAGAGGCGCUAAUGGCUCAGAUGCGAACCAUAAUGGAGGAACGUUCAUGGACACAAAACGAAACUCUAAAGCGUCUCGCUCGUGACGUGGAGGACCUGAAGCGAGGCUUUCAAUCAUUGUGCGCCGACGUGGAGAUCCUUAAGACAGGCUUGGACAACGCACGUUCCGAAGUGACGGGCCUAAACUACCAAACGACCUACCUCCAAAACCAACUAUUGGCCCAUGCUGCGGCCACACUCAACAGUAUCACUAACUGUACUAGUACCAACUUCGGACAAAAAAAUCAACCAGUCAACGGUGGCGGUGGAGGGAACGGUAACAGCGUCCGACGGGAAGAUCACUUCCAACCACAAUUCCGCAGAUCAGCAGAUACCAUCGCAAUUCAGCAGCUAACAUCCUUGAGUCCGGCACCGGGCCGUCAUGCCGUGCACGAACUCAGCCGACCAAUGGUAUACGAGAUAGUACACAACGGAGGUAGCGCCCAUCUUAAUCCACUUCCAUUGCGUAGCGUUGGGUUGACGGUGCGCGAUGAUUUGCCCACCGAGCCGGAGAAUCCGAUCGACGACGGUCACCCAGUCAUCGGUGGUAGUAUUAGUGGUGGUGGCGGCAACGUUAAUAGCAUCAGGCGGGAAGAUCACUUGCCACCACAGUUUCACCACAAGGUAUCAUCGUUGAGUCCGGCCCCCGGCCAUCAUGCCUUUUGUAAUACCGCGCACGAAUUCAGACCACCAAUGAGUUACGAGAUGGUAAAUAACGGGAGUACCAUCUACCAAAAUCCACUUCCAUUGCGUAGCAGUGUGGUGACGGUACGCGAAGAUAUGCCAACCGACCCGAGUCAGGAUCCGAGUGAUGGUGGCAAAAUUCCCUUGCGCCACCACCAAUUGCAAACACCAAUCCACGUUCAGCCAAAGUACGAGGAACAUACGGCAACACUGAUGCACCUCGUUAGCACGCCCCAAUGUGAAAUAGACCGGAUUGGUCUUAGCCAGGUGGCGAACAAUUACAACUCGUCAAUGCCGAGUAAUAGUUUGGCUGCUACCAACCAAGACACGAUGACAUUCGUCAUGCUUCCUCCGUCUACUGGUCCGACUAGCGGUCAGAGUCCAGCUUUACCGAGGGACAACACCACUUACGUUUCGUUACUUACCGGACCGGUAACCGAUCUGUAGCGCGGUAGCCAGUGAUGCAGUGCAGGGUCGGUGCGGUGAGUACCGUUGUUGCCGUUAUAUGCGUAGUGGUGCAUAGAAGUGCUUUUCGUCGUUGUAUUAGACAAUAUUCCAUCGGUUCCGAUGCUGGAAUGGCUCGUUCGCAUCGUUCGAUCGAAUUCCUUUUCUCCUUUUUUUACGUUUUCUCUCCAAUCGAAGACUCACAUUCCUACUUGUGCACCGCGAAGAAUCUGAAUAUUUACUAUACUUAUCAUUGAGUGAUUUGUGAUUAUCAGGGUUACCGUAUUUAGCGUAGCUUUUGGAGCAUACUAGAGAACCCUCGGAAAUCCAAUCAAACGGGUGCAACCUUAACACUACCAUGAGAUGCCUUAAUAAAUUUGAUACAUUGCAUACAUAA